CUUUUCCUCCCUUCUUCAUCUUGCUUGCCUUCUUUAUUUUCACUGGUAUCUCGUUAUCUCUUUCUUUCUUUUACCUUUUUAUUCUCCUUUCCACUUGUGUUUUUCCUUCUUUCUUCAACCUCCUCCCUUGAUACGUCUUUAUUUAUUCUCUCUUGCUCCUCUUCAAGCUUCCCUCCCGCUGAUGACUCUUCUUCCCUGCUCUUCCAUCCCUCAUAAUCCUUCUCCUCCUCCUUCUGUGUUCCGUACUCCCCCUACCUCCUCCUCCGCCUCCCCCUCAUAUAACAGCAUAAUUAAAUCUAGCCUCUCAUCUGGCCGUGAUGGUGGGGUAAGCACAUCAGCUCGCAGUCCGCUCAUUAACACUAAAGAUGAUCCCUGAUGCACCUUGCUUCUUCCCCUCUCCUCUCGCCUUCCUUCCUUCCUUCUCUCCUCCCUUUGUUUCUGCGUCUCCCUCCCGCUUUCCGCCUUCCCCGUCAGGCCCCGGUGCGUUGUAUGGCAAGGCUAUGCUAGGGUAAUGUUACAGGCGCCUUAGUUCGCGGUGUGUGUCGGCAGGGAGGUAAAUAGUGAGGUUAGCGGCGGCGUGGCGGGGAGGAGUCGGCACGGGUCGCGGCACCUAAGACAGUCCCGCCAUCAGGCCAUAUUUACUGAGGUCUGGCGGCGAUAUUGAGCCAUUGGAGGGGAUUCAUUGCGUAAAUGGCUGGGAUAAUACAUCGCUGAUGGGACAAUGACGCCCUGUAUUGGCUGUAGAUUUGCUCCAUUUCAUCCGAAAAUCAAUGACUUCGCCGCCCAUUCUUGUUAGGCAACCGCGACAAUAUCAUUUUGGGGAUGCCGACACACUGACUCCCGCGGGCUGCCGGGGGCCGCCACGCGCUGGGGCGGCGGCCCCCGGCACUGCCGUGGCCCCGCGCGCGGAGGGCAGCACCCCUUCCCCUUGGAUAAUGCAACAACACAGAAAUAAUCCCAAUGAACAGCAAUAAAUAGUGGCGGCUGGCAUGGCGGGGCGGCGGGGUCAUCGUACACUGAGGUUAGGUACAGAUUCCCUUGUUUCCCCCAACCACAGCGAUCACUCCCCUCAUUAGCAGGCCGGCAGCCAAUGGCGGCGCGCCUCGACCCCGCCCACCAAUCACCGAGCGGCGGCCGGGCGCGAUGCGUCUGCGCCAGAAGUUUUGAGUGGCCGCCUUCCGUGUUUGCACAUGGAAAGGAGGCAAUGAUUUGAUAAGGGAAGACCAUAUUGGGUUUGUACCAUCUGAUUCUGGUAAUAGAGGCCGGAGCCACGCGCGAGGGAGGUGGUGGGCCUAGUGUGAGGGUGUCAGUGUGGUGCAAGUGUCCCGCGUGGCCAGGCGACCCGCUACUCACCCGACGCCUCCCGCAGCCAUCCCGGCCCUGGAGUGUGACGCCGCCGCCGCCGCCGCCGCCGCCGCCUUCGCCGCUGCCGCCCCUGCCGCCGCUGCCGCCGCCGCUGCUGCUGCUGCCGCCCGCCGCCCGCCUCCUGCAGGAUACGAGGCGUCAACCUCAAACAUGAAUUUCGGUUCCAGCAUGUUCUGCUACCACUGCCCUCCCAGCCUGCACCCCGGCACCUCCCCACGCCUCCCGACCCUGGACUUCCCCUACUCCCCAGCACACCCGUACACCAGCUACAGUUAUCACCCAGACCUUCACGAUGAAACUUUCGUCAGGAGGAAGCAGAGGAGAAACAGAACCACCUUCACCUUACAGCAGCUGGAGGAACUGGAGAACGCCUUCACGCAGACCCACUACCCCGACGUGUUCACCCGCGAGGAGCUGGCCAUGAAGAUCAACCUGACGGAGGCGAGAGUGCAGGUGUGGUUCCAGAACAGACGAGCCAAGUGGAGGAAGAGUGAGAGACUGAAGGAGGACCAGAGGAAGAGAGAAGCCAUGGAGGGGGACGGAACAACGCAAGCCAAGAGCGAGAACCCCCAGGACGAGGACGCUGCAGGAACCACCCUCAAGGUUUCCUCCCCUCAUUCCCCACACUCCCCACCCUCAUCCCGCCCGCAGACGCCCAUUUCCUCCCCCACCCACACAGAUUACCCCGCCCAGUCCCCCCUCGCCCAUGUAUCUCCUGGGCCAGCUGCUACACCGCCCCUAGAACCAGAUCAGUCCACCUCGCCCCUCGGUUACGACCACGCCCACUACGAGGACAGGGCGGAAGGGCGUGACCUGAAGGAGGAACCCGAGACCAGAGAGGAGGACUGUGGGCGUGAAAGAGCCUCUGCCACUCCCCCCAAACCCACAGCCUCGCCUAAGAGUGAAGAACGCCGGCCAGAGGGGGCGGCCUCUCCCCCAGGUUCCGCCCCUCUCAGUGACGUCACGCCCACGUCACACAUCUCCCCGCCAAUCAUCAGGCCGCCCGUCUCCCUGGCCAGCGGGGUGGGCGGGGCCAUGGGCGGCGCCAGCUUCUCGCCGCAUCUCUUCCCGUCGCUCAUAGACAGUCGGUUCCGGCCACUGAUAGAGCGAUCACCGGGCCUGUUCUUCCCGCCUCACCUGCCCGGCCCCCUCGCCUCCCACCUGUUCCCUCAUCUAAAAGGGUUCCCGGGGUUGUGUUCCUGCUGCCCCAUCAAGCCGCCGACCUUCAGCCCCUUGUCCUCCCUCGCCUCUACCUCCCUCGCCAACCCUCUUUCCUCCCUCACGAGCCAGACGCCCUCCCUCGCCUCCCUCGCCGGCCAGAGCCCCUCUCUCGCCUCCCUCGCCAGCCAGACGCCCCUGUCCUCCCUCACCAGUGACCCGCGGAGCUCCAGCGUGGCGGAACUCAGGAGGAAGGCGCAGGAACACUCGGCGGCGGUCCUGCAGAGCCUCCACGCGGCCUCCCUCCACAACCUGCAGCAGUCCCUUCACCAGUCCUCCGCCCUCAACAUCGAGAAUCUGCUGAAGAAUGAGUCCCCGGUGCCUGGGUCAGAAAGGGACGCCUCGCAGUAACAUUCAUGUCCCUCCCGCCGCCUCCUCCCGCUGCCCCAAGUUUCUCAAGCACCAGUCCCGUAGCUGAAAUAGGAAAGUCUCUUCUCCCCGUCAUAGUGUUUGGAAUCAACGCCGCUAAUGUACAUAGUGAAAACCCGAAAUGCUGUCUAUUGUCUUGUCUUUUAU